AUUUCAUUUCAGUUUUAAGACAAUUUUUUUGUGAACUGUUGACUCGUGCUCUUACCUGUCUUCUUCUUCUUCUUCGAAAACCUACUCUGUAAAAAGAACCCGAAUCGUUGACCCGAUUUUGAUCCAAAAUCCAGAUCCGAAAAAAUGAACGACACAGAUGUCUCAAAGCAGAUCCAGCAAAUGGUCCGAUUCAUCCGCCAAGAAGCUGAAGAAAAAGCCAAUGAGAUUUCCGUUUCUGCUGAAGAAGAAUUCAACAUCGAGAAGUUGCAGCUAGUGGAAGCGGAGAAGAAGAAGAUUAGACAAGAGUUCGAGCGCAAAGAAAAACAAGUGGAUGUUCGCAAAAAGAUCGAGUACUCCAUGCAACUCAAUGCCUCUCGGAUCAAAGUUCUUCAAGCUCAGGAUGACUUGGUUAACACCAUGAAGGAGGCAGCAGCAAAGGAGCUUUUACAAGUUAGCCAUCAUCACAACGAACUCGUAGAGAUUAUUCUUCCUCACCACCAAGACAGUUAUAAGAAGCUUCUGCAUAAUCUUAUUGUUCAGAGUUUGCUCAGGCUUAAAGAGCCUUCUGUCCUGCUGCGUUGUCGGAAACAUGACGUACACCUGGUUGAACAUGUAUUGGAUGCAGCAAAGGAAGAGUAUGCAGAGAAGGCAAAUGUCCACGCACCGGAGAUCAUAGUUGACGACAUCCACCUACCUCCGGCUCCAUCACAUCAUAAUAUGCAUGGUCCUUCUUGCUCUGGAGGAGUGGUGUUGGCUUCUCGAGAUGGGAAAAUUGUGUGUGAAAACACCCUUGAUGCCAGAUUGGAAGUUGUGUUCCGUAAAAAACUACCAGAGAUCCGCAAGUGUCUGUUCGGUCAGGUUACUGCUUGAGGGAUUGGAACCUUUCCUGUAUUUAUCACUAUUUGAUCGUCGCUCUCUGGAUUCUGAUAUUGGCGGAUGAUUGGAUUCGUAUCACUAUUUCUUGUACUAUUUCGUUUUCUCUGAAAGGCGUGUUUGCAUUAUUUAAGCUGUUGGGGCAUUGCAACAAACUCUUGUUAGUUGUAAUGUUGGUUAGGUCUGAGCAUUUUUUCAUUGUAAUGUUCUGCAAUAAGUUUAAGUUGCUUGAACCUGAGUUUGUCGAUUGAGACAUUAAAAUUAUGUGAGUAAUAGCUCUCUUUGUACUUAAUGAAUAAGCCAGCUACUGUUUGCUAAAA